AUGCAUAUUUUGAUGCAAAAGAAGCAAUUGACAAAGAUAAAGAAACAAAGGUCAAUAAAUCUCUAAUUAAAUGGAUUGUGUGUUUGGGUAUUUUAUUUUUGGGCUUUGAUUCCUCCUAUUUUGAAAAUUUUACCAAAACGUUGAAUCUAGGAUAUAAUUCACCUAAGUGCACUACAUUAGCAAUAUUAAUAUUAGAUGUAGAAGCGGCAAAUAUCUUGCUGAAGGUAGAAAAAGAACUUUCUAAGGCUAAAAAUAUUACUUUAUGUGUAGAUGGUUGGA